UUGCGAGCGUACUAAAAUUUUCCCAAGUAAUCUUAUCAGAAUGAAGGAAUAUAACAAUCGUAAGAUCACGUGCUAAAAUGUACCGAUGAAUUUUAAUUUGCUAAUAUGUUUGGACUUUUAUGUUAUUGUUUGUAAAUUGCUAAUAAUUAAAUCUAACACUAAAUAAAUUAAGUAUAGAAAAAUAUUGAGUGCGAAUUAUCAGUCUGUUUCGGCAAGACUUUAACAAUAUAAAUUUUGCUGCAAAUCUUAAUAUUACUUGGCAGAGGCUGCCCUCGUCACUUUAUUAGUGGUGAGAGAAGUGUGUAGGGAGUAGUGAAGUAGUUGUUACAUCGUUGCGUUAGCACUUGGCAGCCUCACGUUACAACGGUGUGAGUGGAGCACGUUAUCCACCCCAGAGAGCGCGAGAGGAGAGAGAAUGACAAUAUCUGUUUUCUCGGUUCCGACGCCUCAGUUGUGCAGCUACAAAAACUCGUGGCCAGCUCCGACCUACCCUUCUCUUUCUUCUUCUUCUUCGAAGUUAACUGUUACACUGUGCUCUCCUUCUACUCCAUCUUCUGUUAUCGAUGAGGGUACUUCUCCUGCACCAGACGAUAUUCCUCUUGUUGAUCGGUCAGAAUUCGUGAGCGGUUGUAAGGCAUGUGGAAGAGAAGAAAUAGAGAAAGGAUGCAAUGGUGAAGGAAGGAUUCAGGGUGGAAUUGCAACAGUGCCAGGGUUUGGGUGGUGGCCUAUAAAGGCUUACAGGCCAUGCCCUGCAUUUGUGGCAUCGGGUGGUAGGUAUAGGCGGCAAGGACAAAGCAUGGACGAGGUUGUCUCUGGAAGUGGUAAAACAUCCGCAACAGGAACUGCCAGUGACUCGAAGAAAAGCAUUCAUCUCUAAAGUAAGGACAACAUUCACUCUGUUGGAUUUCGCUUCCCCGGGAUUCUAAUAUCACUUUUUGAUUGCUCUUUGAUGAAUACCCCUUUGGUCUGGUAAGGAUCUAAUAGGUCCCCAUUACUCUCCUUUCGUCUGUAUAAGAAGUGAAAAUGUUUUCAUGGAUGUAUAAGACGAGAUAUGACAUGGUACUUAUUCAGGAAAAGACGACUCUAUCAACUAAGGUGGUUUGAGCACACAUAGAGAAGACCAACCAUAAGAAGAGUGGAUCUUAUCGUUGCAGCCUUAUGGAAAAGGGAUCUCAUGGUGAAUAUUGUUGUUGAAGAUUUCGUUUUUGAACAAACCCAAUGAUAUUCUGUUCUCAUCUAGUGCGAUAAAAUAUUGUCUAUGAGAAGUGUAUCAACCACUAGUACUAAAAGUCUUCUCCCACAAGGUAAUAAAUACUACUGUGUUUUAUCCGAAACCGAUUCAUCUGAGGUGCCCAUUUGAUUAUAAAUCCUUUUUCAGUCUCACUUUGAAUCUCUCUUGGUCCGCCUCUUACUCUAACCAGCUUCCCUACACCUGAUCAGUUCUCUAAUUGGAACCUCUAUUGGACUUGUUAAGAGAGAUACAAUUAUAUUUGUUUUGUGUUAUGUUUCAUGUCUGCAUGCUUGUACAUGCAUGGUCUCUUCUCUCGUAUAUAUUGAUUCUCUCUUGUAUUAUAUACACAUAUUUAAUGUAAUAAAUAUUACUUUCUCUGUUUUCGUUCUCUAACAUGGUAUCAAGAGCUUAAUCUCUUGUCAUGGCUUCCGCAAACUCAGAAUUUUCCCCACCCUCUCCUCAUGAUCAAACCUCUUUUGUCCCCCACACCUUCUCCUCCCCCAUUAACCUUGUUUUCGUUCUCUAACAGGACUUUCUCUCAUGUGUCCAUAGUCCAAACCAACAGCUGUGUGAUUUUAUCUAGUAUGAGUCCUAUGAUUUACUAUACAUUGUAUGAUAGACCCAAGAGUCCUAACUAUAUAGUUUAAUUUCCUAUUUUCACCGUCAAGACAGUGCUAGCCCACUUCUUAGCUUUCCUUCCUUGUUGUAUUCCAUUUUAUGCAACUAAACACAUACCAUGUGAUUUCAAAGCUUCUUCACAUAGCUCCAGUUUACAUUUUAUUUCUUCUUCGGACCUUCCUAUUAGAACUGUACCACUGUACUAUUUGCAAAAGACAUUCAUUGAAGUACUGGCUCUUAGGUAUGCCGAAUACGAAUGUCCAAAACCUAAGGUAAGAGAAUCAGGGCCUGAGGUUCACCCUUUUGAGAAGAGUAUCACUUCAAUAAGCACAAACAUGUUUUGAUGCAGGUGUGGUCUUUAGUUUGAUUAUCGAAUGCCUCAACUAUUGAUUUGGCAUGUUUGGUUGGAAUUGGGUCACGGGUGCUUGGCUGAGUUGAGUAGAAGUUCUUUGUUAUAUUGCGAAUGUAUUAGAACUGCUAGCUACUUUGGUUUCACAGAAACACAAUCGUAUUUUCUACUUUUAUUCUGGUUGAUUGUGCACAAUUUGAAGUUUAUCAAGAUAAUUGAAAAGCUUGCGAACAACUAUUUGUUAUCAAGUGCCUUCUUUUGCUUUGUUUCCAGAAAAUUAGUAUUCCAGAGGAGAAAUUAGAGUAUCUGAAUUAGCUAGCCUAAAUUACCGUUCAAACUUGUGUAUUAGUCAUGUAGAGUGAGGUGAAGUGGGGUGGCGCAUUCAGUUUGAAAAUCUGAGCUCUACAAAUCAGCAUGAUUUUCUGAUCUUUCACUUGCCUCUAUAGCUUCUAACUAGUGCUUUAAAAUGGUGCCAAAUUUUACAGUAACAAAAAGGAAAGUGUGAAGAAAUCUAAUAGGUAAAGUGGUUGGGAGGACUAUUCAACUUUGAGGUGACAAAAG